UGGUAAUCCUGGGUGGGCAAUGUGAGUGUGGGGUGGGGGUGGGAGUUUAUUUCCUGAUACCACAAUCCUGCCCCUCCUCUGGAAAUGCUCAGGACUUUGUUUUACAGCUAUCAUUUUUGUCUACCCUUGCUUUCAAUAGACUUCACAACAACUCUCUGAAGAUCCAGAACAUAAGGGAGAGGCUUCAGGACUUUGGAGUGCAGUAGCAGACAGUUCAUUACCCACACACUCACGUGAGGUAUAUUUCCAUCACUGUGGAAAAUUGUGCCAGUGUCAUCUCUUCCUCCAGAUCUAAUAUUACAGUUUUUCAAGAAAAGCCAUGGCCUCAGCUGCUACCACCAAGAACAUGAAAGAGAUAGCCACCUGCUCCAUCUGCUUCAACCUGAUGACUCACCCGAUGAGCAUUAAGUGCGGACAUACCUUCUGCCAGUCAUGUAUAGAGGGCUUCUGUAAAAAGCUAAGCCAACGGCAAGAAGGGCUAAAUAUAUUUAACUGUCCUCUGUGCAGGGUCAGAUUUACUAAAAACAAUCUCUGGUACAACAGAGAUCUGGGAAAGAUAGUUGAAGUCAUCAAGAAGAUGGAGAAGAUGGACCAUGAGAUGCUGUGUGAGGAACAUGGAGAGAAGCUCCACCUGUUCUGUGAAGAGGAGGACCAGCUCAUCUGCUGGCGCUGUGAGAGGUCAGCGCAACACAAAGGGCAUGCCACAGCUCUUGUGGAAGACGUAUCCCAGGGCUACAAGGAAAAACUCCAGAGUGCUGUGACAAAAUUGCAUCAACUCCAAGAUGAAUGUAUGAGUUACAAACUGUUCAUGACAAUGAAAAUAAAUGAGUGGGAGAAACUGAUAGAGAUUCAGAGACAAAAAAUCAAGUCUGACUUCAAGAAUCUCCAGACAUUUCUGCAUGAGGAGGAGAAGUGUUGCCUCUGGAAGCUGGAGAAAGAAGAAGAGCAGAUGCUGAGGAGAACGAGGGACUGUAAGGCCAAUCUGGAGCAGAAGAGCAAUGAGCUUGAGAGCCAUAUCCUGAAACUGGAGGCAAAAUGUGAGGGUUCAGUCCAGAACUUGCUACAGGAUGUGAAACACACUUUAAGCAAGAGUUUGGCUGUGAAGGUGGAAACACCUGAGAACAUUGCCUUGGAGAGUCAUACUACCUGUAAUGUCUCUGAGCUGUACUUUGAUGUGAAGGAAACAUUAAGACGUUAUCAGGUCAGUGUGACUCUGGAUCCAAGUACUGCACAUUCUGACCUAUUUCUGUCUGAGGAUCGAAGACAAGUGACUAGUGGAUACUCCCAGGAGAAUCUCGAGGCUUCCUCCAAGAGAUUUACUGCCUUCCCCUGUGUCCUGGGCUCUGAGGGCUUCACCUCAGGAAGACACUUCUUUGAAGUGGAUGUUGGAGAAGGAACUGGUUGGGAUUUGGGAGUCUGUAGGGAAAAUGUGCAGAGAGGCACUGACAUGAAGCAGAAGCCUGAGUUUGGAUUCUGGACCAUCAGGCUGUGGAAAGAGAACAAGUAUGUAGCACUUACCUCUCCGCUGACUCCCCUUCAUCUGAGUGAGCAGCCUCUGGUUGUGGGAGUUUUUAUAGACUAUGAGGCCGGACUUGUAUCCUUUUACAACAUGAGUGCUGGCUGCCACAUCUUCACCUUCCCAAAGGCUUCCUUCUCUGAUACUCUCCUGCCCUUUUUCCAGGUUUAUCAGCAUUCUUCUUUGUUCCUGCCUCUUCCUGAUGUGUAAGGAAAGGAGCAAUGUC